AAAACAUCAUUUGUUGUUCUUAUGAUUUAUUAUUAUUUUUUUUAAUCGCCUUUCACGGCUGCAUGUUUUCCUCGCGUGUAUGCGCGUGCGUGCGAGUCUUGAACGGAAUGCUGCUCGCUCGGUAACUUUUUUUUUCGGGUUGAAAUGUUGUCCAGCAAGACCGAAUGGAUGGGAUUAUUAGGAUUCUUCUUCUUCUUCUUCUUAUUCUUAUUAUUAUUAUUAUGAUCAAUGAUACCGAUGACGAUGAUGAGAGUCAUGUCCGAUGCAGCGGAGGCUGCGUGUCCAUUGUGCACGCAGCCUCGCGCACGGUCGCCAUUGUUGCCUCGUCGGGCUUCAUUUGCUGCUAAAAUAAGAGAAAAGCUACAACUAAAAAUCAUCAAAAUAAUAAUAAUAAUAAGUGAAAUAUAAAUAAGACUUUACCUGCUCUGCUUCGUGCACGCCUUCCAGUCUUUUUAGUCCUCCCACACACACGCGCACGCACACACACACCCACACCACAUGAUAAAAUGAUUUUUUUUUAAAUAACGGCGUUAUUUAAUUUCAUGAGGCCUCCAAAGGACAAAAAGGCUCAAAUGCGGAGUUGCGUUGAUGUGCUUUCCGGUUGUCUGUCAGGAAUUGAGUGCUUCAUCACACAAAAUGACUUUUAUGUGCCUCUUUGCCCAUCAAUUUUCAGAAUGACACAAAAGAGUAGGAACCGUAAUUAUUCUGGGAAUAAUAACUCUUGAAAAAAAGAAGACGGUUUCUUACUUUCACGCACGCACACGCGGCAACGUUAUUUCACGCCCUCGCUGUUUCCUUCCAAGAAGCCGAGCUGCUUCACACCGUCCUGACAAUUCGUCUCUUAUUUGACUCACAAUCAGUUGGCCUUUUAUUCGCGUCUGGGAUUCCACGUUCGUUUAUUCCUCCGGAUAAUUCCCCCACGGGUGUGAAAUCACAUAAAUGUAGUUGUGGCGUGUGGACGGAAUAAUAUCUGACGGGGGAAGGAGCAUUUCCUCGUCUGGAAAACGCACUUUGAAAUUUUUCACUCGUCCACUCCUUGAGCUGCUUCUUUUAUUGUCAUUUUUGCGCCGUGCUGAUGAACUGGCUGCUAAAGGAGCCCCCGCAAGGCCAAGUGCACCCACACACACGCGCGUUAUCAGCGCCAUUUCAUCCCAGGCUGCCAGUGGAAUAAUCCACGCCGGUCUUAGAUUGUCACAUAUAACACUCCCUAUCAUGGUGCUAGAAUUCAAAGAAAAAAGUCCGAUUCAAAUCUAAAUUGUCCCUUUCACCCUCCUGUUGUUUUUAGAUGUUUAUUUUACUGACGGGGGGGGGGGAAUAAUCCUAAUCUGGGUUUAAGGCCCCGUUUAAUUUGGUGUGCGUGCCUGCACACCUUGGGAUCUGCUGGAUCAUUCUGGAUCACAACAUGAUUGGCUGCUUAGACCGACUCCAAGUGUACCUUUUCAUCCUCCUCACUUCCGGGAUGUUUACACCGACGUGACGUCACACCCGAUGCGCCCCUCCCCUGCGUGACAAAUAAUCCGAUUAAUUUCAAACUAGUUGGAUGUUUUCCCCCAACAAAGGCACAUGAUUAUGUUUGCAAAGAUUUCAUCACUUCUAUCUGUUGUUUAUUCAUAUUUGAUGUGUUUUAUUGCUGUUUGCAUUCAUUUGAUUGAUGACGUUUAACCACAUCUGACGUCACCCCAACCCCCAGUCAAGCCCAUUGAUCAUUUUUGUUGUUAUUAAUUAAAACUUAUUUUUAGUAUUCCGAAAAGAGAAGGAAGGAAGAAAAAGAAAGAGGACACGUGAACAUAAUGGAACUUUUGCCACGGGAGGUGCGCGUGCACUUUAGGAGCCAUGCAUGCAGGCCGCGAGAGGACGCCGUGGUGCAGCGGAAGACGACAACCCGCACGCCUCAGCUGCACUUUCACAGUAAAAAAAAAAAAAAAAAGACCAUAACCUUGUUGAAGAGAUUUCAAGCCGCGCAUGCGCACUCCAGCCGCUUCCUUUUAAAGCGACGACAUCGUAUCUUUGUUUUUAAAACGUCCUGAAGUGGCAUCGAGACACGUCCCCGCCAGUGUCCCCUGCAGCCCCCGCGCGCGUUCGGUUCAAUUAGGCCAGGCCCCGCCCCCGCCCCCCACCCCCUCGGCUGAUGACACCCACCCAGGACCCUCCUUAAGUUGCGUCGCGCCACAGCUGUCUGCUCUCAUUGAGCCGCCUGGCGCCAUCCUGAAAGAAUGCCUUCAGUGUGAGGACGCAUAGACAGAGAGAGAGAGAGAGGGAGAGAGAGAGAGAGAGAGAGAGAGAGAGUUAACCUGUUGAUGCCCCCCCCUUCAUCACAUCACAUCAUUCCCUCCAGCCCAAAACAAGAAAGACUGACUUUUUGGGGGGGAGUUGAGGAUCUCCGCCCGGGACUCUUCUUCUUCCUCCUCUCCAUGUUGGACGUACUCCUCUUCCCCCUCCUCUUCCUCCUCCUCCUCGUGUAAUGCGGGCCGUGUGUUCCAGCAGACGUCCGUCGAACCGGGCCAGAACCGCUCGAGCGCUCUAACGUGUCCCGUGUGUGUGUGUGCGCGCGCGCGUGUGUGUAUGUGUGUCCAGGUGACUUGUGGAUUUUUUAACGCUGAAAGGCAGACGAGAAGGCGAAGAAGACGGAUUUUUCUCGCUACUCUUCUUCCUCGCAUGAACAUUUGAAGACGCAAAGAAUCAUGGAAGUAAGCGCGGACCAGCCCCGCUGGAUGAGCCCCCACCCCGCGGUGCUGAACGAGCAGCAUCCCGGCUCGCAUCACCCGGGCCUCGGCCACUCGUACAUGGACCCCUCGCAGUACCCGCUGGCUGACGAUGUGGAUGUACUCUUUAAUAUCGACGGGCAGGGGAACCACGUCUCCCCCUACUACGGCAACUCUGUGCGGGCCGUGCAGCGGUAUCCCCCCCCUCCACACAGUAGCCAGGUGUGCCGGCCCUCCCUGCUGCACGGCUCCCUGCCCUGGCUGGAGGGCAGCAAAGGCAUCGGCCCCCACCACAGCACGUCCCCGUGGAACCUGAGCCCCUUCCCCAAGAACCCCCUCCACCACGGCUCCCCGGCCGGCCUGUCCGUGUACCCCCCGGCCUCGUCGUCGUCCACCGGACACUCCAGUCCGCACCUCUUCACCUUCCCCCCCACCCCUCCCAAGGACGUGUCCCCGGACCCGGGCAUCUCCACGCCGGGCCCGGGCGGGUCCGGGCGGCAGGAGGACAAGGAGUGCAUCAAGUACCAGGUGACCCUGGCCGAGAGCAUGAAGCUGGAGUCCGCUCACAGCAGGAGCGUGGCGGCCAUGGGGCCAGGCUCGUCCUCUGCCCACCACCCCAUCGCCACAUACCCACCCUAUGUCCCAGAAUACGGGCCAGGCCUCUUCCCACCAAGUAGCCUGAUAGGUGGGUCCUCUUCUAGUUAUGGUUCCAAAACAAGACCAAAAACAAGGUCCUGUUCAGAGGGCAGGGAGUGCGUGAACUGCGGGGCCACGUCGACCCCGCUGUGGCGGCGGGACGGUACGGGUCACUAUCUGUGUAACGCCUGCGGACUGUACCACAAGAUGAACGGCCAGAACCGGCCCCUCAUCAAGCCCAAACGGCGGCUGUCGGCGGCCCGGCGCGCUGGAACAUCGUGCGCCAACUGCCAGACGACCACCACCACGCUGUGGAGGCGGAACGCCAACGGGGACCCCGUGUGCAACGCCUGCGGCCUCUACUUCAAGCUGCACAAUAUCAACCGACCUCUGACCAUGAAGAAGGAAGGCAUCCAGACUCGCAACAGGAAGAUGUCCAGCAAGUCCAAGAAGUCCAAAAAGUCCCAGGACACCAUGGACGACUUCUCCAAGAGUCUGAUGGACAAGAGCAGCUCUUUCAGCCCCGCCGCCCUCUCCCGCCACAUGUCCUCCUUCCCGCCCUUCUCGCACUCCGGCCACAUGCUGACCACGCCCACCCCCAUGCACCCUUCCUCGAGCCUGCCCUUCGCCCCCCACCACCCCUCCAGUAUGGUCACGGCCAUGGGCUAGAGGUGACGCCCACCUCAGGCUCCUCUGCUGACGCGCCGCUCCCUCCGCUCCCUGAAGCCCCGCCCCUCUCUGACUGACAGGCCGUCAUCUUCAGUUGAUCUUAUUUUUAUAAAGUCACUUUGGGGGUGGGGGGAGGGGGGUGGAGGUAGGGCAGAAGGGGCGCACUGACCCAGCGGGACGGAGGGGCAGGACAUUUGAUUUCUCCCCCGAAAUAAGGAGCUCCAUUUGUGUACAAAAAGCCAUCAAAAGGUCACCAAAAACUGACUUGGACCAAGCCCCCGCCCCCUUCCUGUUGCCACCGCCCCUCCCAGUCUUGCACCUGUGUAACAGGACACGCUCUUGAGCGAGCAUGUUUGUACAAAUUGUAUCAAAUACAUUUAAUGAAUGAAGACUUGAGCGAAAAAGGAGGGCAGCUGUCCGCCAGAAGGUACGAGGGAGCGAGGGAGCGAGGGAGGGAGGAAGGGAGUCAGGGGGCGCACGCCGCCAUCUUGGAUUCAGUGUAAUGCUAACGUUAACGCCGGCGUGUCUCUAGCUCGCCUUUCUUUUUAUUUUUGGAUGUGCUUUAAGUCUCGGCCUGUUGGUUUGUGUUGACGCGCACGCACGCACACACACACACACACACACACACACACGCACGCACGCACGCACACGCACACGCACACGCACACACACACACACACACUUAAGACUUUCAUCCCGCCCACAGAUUAUAUGCAUUGUGAAAAAAAGUUCCUGUAUUUGUUAUUUGUAUGUAAAAAUCAGAGUACCAAAAAUACGAAAGAAACAAAGAUGUAGAAUUAUUUCUUUAUGUUAUGCAGACUGAAUGGUUGUAAAAAUUUAAUAAUAAUAAUCACUCGUGUAAAAUAUGGCUGCUUUGUUUUUUGUUUUUUUUUGUUUGUUUGUUUGUUUGUUUGGUACCCAACCCCCGUCCCCCCCGUCCCCCAUCCCCACCCUUUGAAGAAUAAUAAAACUAGUUUCAUCUCUGU